AAUAUCAUUCCGUGGGUGCCCCCUCGUAUAAGCGUGGACGCCACACAUUUAUUUACAACUGACCAGAUAUUUGAUACUCGUGAUGAGCUUGAACAAUGGGCUAAGAAUGUUGGAAAGGCGAAUGGUUAUGUGCUGGUGAUCGCAAGGUCUGACUAUGCUAUAAGUGGAGGAAAGGUAUUUGUUACUAUUAAGUGUGCGAAGCAUGGUAUUUACAGGCCAUACAAGGACCCGAAUACAUUCAAGUACAAAAAGACCGCAUCACAAAAGACUGAUUGUAAGUUUAAUCUCAAAGGACGACCUACGAAGGGUGAUAGAAUGUGGUGGCUGAAAGUGAUGGAUGGUAAACACAACCAUGAACCAGCUAAAUCACUAGUUGGCCACCCCUACGUUGGUCGACUAACAGAGGAAGAGAAGGGGCUUGUGGGCACCAUGACUAGUACUUGGACUCCACCGAGACAAAUACUAGCGGCAUUGAAGGAAAACAAUCCAAGUAACUUGACUACAAUCACUCAAGUUUACAGUUGCAACAAAAGGUUUAAAAAAGAGGAGAGGGGACCAUUGACAGAAAUGCAACAUUUGAUGAAGAAGUUGGUAGAAGCCAAGUAUGUUCACUUUGAAAGGCAACAAGCUGAUUCAAGUGAGAUUAGGGAUCUCUUCUGGGCUCAUCCUGAUGCGGUCAGACUCUUCAACACAUUCUCUCAUGUGGUCAUCAUGGAUUGCACGUACAAGACAAACAGAUAUCAGAUCCCCUUGCUUGAAAUGGUUGGUCUCACUUCUACGGGGUUGACUUUCUCCAUAGCAUUUUGCUACAUAGUUAGGGAGCACACAAUUGACUAUGUUUGGGCCUUGGAGUGCAUGAAGUCUCUUAUUGCCGAUGAUGCCAGAUUACCUCAAGUGAUUGUGACUGACAGAGAUUUGGCUUUACUGAGUGCUGUUAAGCAAUGUCUUCCCAAUUGUACCAAUUUAUUAUGCCGGUUCCACAUAAACAAGAAUGUGGAGGCAAAGUGCAAAGUGUUGAUUGGCACGGAUGAUUUUGCCCUUUCAGUGAUGGAGAAUUGGAAAUGCCUGAUAUAUGCUGAAACAGUGGAACAAUUUGAUGAGGAAUGGAAGGAAAUGUGUGUCAUGUGUAAGGACUUCCCAGAUUUCAUAUCCUACAUUUCUACUACAUGA